AUGGAGCUCAUCCAUCUUGAUGGCAAGGGGAACUACACAGUGGCGGAGCGCGUGCAGCGCGCCAUGGCCAGCAGCCGGCAGCGCCUGACGUCCUUUGUCGACGUGAGCGCACCGGUCCACUGGAACACCAGCCAGUACAUUGCCGAGUACCUGAUCGGCAACCCACCGCAGCGCGCCGAGGCCCUCAUCGACACCGGUAGCGACCUCAUCUGGACGCAGUGCUCCACCUGCAGCCUCAAAGGAUCCUGCGUCAUGCAAGGCCUGCCCUACUAUAACGCAUCCAAGUCGGACAGCUUCCACCCCGUGCCAUGCAACGACACCUUGUGCCUAGCCAACCGGGCGCACUCGUGCCGCCAGGAUGGCAGCUGCGCUUUCGGGGCCUUCUACGGCGUUGGCGACGCUAGAGGGUCUAUCGGCACGGAGGUCUUCGCCUUUGAACAUGGCUCGGUGACGCUCACGUUCGGCUGCGUCGACACGCUGCAGUUCACUCCGGGGUCCCUUGACGGGUCGUCGGGCCUCAUAGGGCUUGGCCGUGGCCCCUUGUCGCUCGUCUCUCAGAUAGGUGCCAGCAAGUUCUCUUACUGCCACACCCCCUACCUCCGCAGCUACGUUACUCCCGGUGCCAGGAGUCACCUUUUCGUCGGCGCCUCGGCGAGCCUUAGGGGCGGCAGCCCUGUGAUGUCCAUGUCUUUCGUGCAAGGCCCUAAAAAGUACCCAUUCUACUAUGUCCCACUCAUCGGGAUAAGCGUUGGACAAACAAGGCUUUCUAUCCCACCAAUGAUGUUCGCUCUGAAACCAAACGGCACCGGCGGCGGUGUCUUUGUCGACUCCGGUAACCCCACUUCGGUUCUGGUCGAUGGGGCGUACAGGCCUCUGAGAGAGGAGCUCCGGAGGCAGCUAAACGGGAGCCUCCUGCCGCCACCAGCCGGCAGUGGGAUCGACUUGUGUGUGGCAGUGGCGCAGGAAAAGGCAGUGCCGUCCAUGGUGUUCCACUUCAGUGGUGGAGCGGACAUGGUGCUGCCGCCAGAGAAUUACUGGGUGCCGCUGGAUGAUUCCAUUUCAUGCAUGGUGAUGCAUAAAUCCAGCAGCGUGAGCAUCAUCGGCAACUUCCAGUUGCAGAACAUGCACUUGCUGUACGACCUUACUAAGGAGGAGCUCUCUUUCCAAACUGCCGACUGCAGCUCACUGUGA